GUUUACAAUCAUGAUGUGUGCAGUUGCAUAACUGCCAAGAAAUACACAUUACCAUGUGUUAUUUUUUUUACCACCUUCAAUAAUGGUUUUGCAGUGAGGCAGUUUUACAGUAGGUCUACUAAUAGGACCAUGUCAUUCGAAGCAUGACUGUCAGUUGUCAGAUUUUGGCAACAUGUUGGUAACUCAGUCAUAAGUCAUAACACAAACACAGUAGUUUCUUUUUGUGGAUUUUGUGGAAUAGAAACUUGUGAGAAGCUGAGGGAAAAUGGUACUGCCCAAAUUAAUGAAAGUUUUUAGAAUAGCUAAUGAACACUAUGUACAUAACAAGGUGUUCCACCUGAUGAAAAACAUGGGCUAAUUAUAGAAAGAACAGACAUUCUUUCUGAUGGCACCUCCCGUCAGUUCACUAAGAUCUCUCUCCAAGAGGUGGAUGAGAAAGUCCGAAUCAUGGCUGAGAAAGUGUACGCUUCAGCUCUGAAGGAAGAAGAGUCUAUGAACAGUUUGUCCAUGUUCACCGUCCCUGAGGACUGUCCCAUUGGCUUACACCAGGCCAAGGAGUGGGAGCUACGCAAAGAGAUUGAGGAGCAGAUGUCAGAGAAAUCGGUCAAGAGGAGACAGAGUUUAGAGCUGUUGCGAUCGCAAUACUUGCAAAUCCCCAUCACUUCAGAUUGGGCUAUGUCUGUGAUUUCACCCCUACUGAACCCUUCCACAGCCACAGGCCUUAAGCCAAAGAACAUCCCAGAAUUCCAGAGGGUCACCAUCAGUGGAGACUACUGCGCAGGGACAACAGUCGAUGACUACGAAAAGGCAGCAAAAACUCUGCUUGCAGCACUCUUCAUCAGAGAAAAAUAUUCCCGGCUGGCAUAUCACCACUUCCCGAGGACCACAGCCAGGUUUCUAAGGAGUGCCAAUAAUGAGAAAUGGAGUGAGGAGGAUGAAGUGCUGCCAGUUGACUCAUUUAGGAAGAGAGUGUUCUGGCACUUGUGGACACCCAGGGAAGUCCCGAAGCCUUCUUCACUGCAGUUGACCCCCUACCCUUGAAUUCUUGAUCCG